UAACUCUCCCUUAUAAGGCAAAGUGGAUAAGUCUUUAGGCAUGUCUGGGCAACUAAAUAGCGGCGUUAAAGACAUUGGGACAGAUACUACCAAACUCGUCCGUCUUAUCCACAUUGAGCACAGCUACAACUAUGUUCCUCCUGAUGAAUCCUUUGUAACUAAAUCUCAAUUGCCACCCAAACGGACUUUACGCCAGAUGGUUUGUUCUUUGCAUGAUAGCAUAAGUCCCGGGCAGUUGGGUCAACUUUCUGUGGCGGAGUUGAAGGAGCAUAUUCGUAAGGCAGAUGUGAUUCUGAGACGAUUGCGUCGAUUUCUGGCCAGUAAUAACAGAUUCAUUGACUUUAGUCCAUUGCCUCGAUUGCAGGAGGCAAUUGUGGAGCAUUUGGCGGAGGAGAUGAGCUGCUCCACCAGAUUUUAUAAUUGUGCAGAUGGAAGGAGGUACUUGGUUGCCUAUAGGCCGGGAAUCGAACCCAAUCCCCUCGAGCUAAGGGCUCGCGAAGGCGACUUUGACUGGGGUCUGGAGGUCGAUCCUGUGGAUGAGGCGAAAGAGCAUACCAGGAUCUCCUUUCGCAAGAAGAAACUCUACUUGGAGGAGAAAUCCCAUUUGGAGAACCGCCAGCUGGCUGAGUAUUCCUGUCGUUUGGGCCGGAAAAUUCUCGAGGAGUUCAAUUCCAACAGCCAGUCAAUCUGGCAGCGUAAGCGAUGCAAACAAAAAAGCAAGAAGAUCAUAUAGUCAUAAGAUAUAUUAUUA